CCUAAACUUUUCCAUCGGUAACAGACAAGCCAUUUCAUUUCAACUCUUAUUUCUUUCACAAACUUACUAUUCCUCAAACCCUAACCCUAAUUCCCUUUUGGUUCCUUUCACUUAUGGCAGAUUGGUCGCAGCUUCCAAAAGAUCUUCUGCAAUUAAUAUCGGAAAAACUCAACAGUGAUUUCUACAUUCUUCGUUUUCGUUCUGUCUGUUCCACAUGGCGACUUUCCAUACCAAAACCUCACAACUAUUUCCCCUUGGAGCUCCCGCACUUUUCCAAAUACGGCAAACUCUACAAACACAGCAUCUUUCUCAUCAAACCACCUGCAACACCCAACCAACAAACUCUAUACCGCCCUUGGUUGCUCAGAAUCAGUCCAACUUCAUCCGGAAAAGUUAACUUCUUGCACCCCUUUUUACUUGACACACCUAUACAGUUCAGCCUCCUCAACUUCAACCAACUCUCUGUCUAUGAACUCGGACACAUUUAUAUUCACGGGAUUUUAUAUCCAAAUUCAUCUACCGUCAAAUAUCGUCCUUAUGAUCGCUAUGUUGCCACGUUUCAGGGGGAACAACUUCUUGAUAUUGUCACACUCGAUAUUUACUCCGGGGAGGUGGCAAUGUUCUGCUGUGGGGACAAUCGUUGGACUAAGCUCUCCAGUGUGGCAACAUUCUACCAAGACAUUUGCAUUUUUAAAGGUCGGCCUUGUGUAACAGAUAGAACUGGUCGAACUUUGAUGAUCAGAUCAGAUUUGAGCGUUCAUUUGGUGGUUGAGUCAGUGUUUGGUGCCGAUGACUGUGGCGUCGUUUACAUUAUGGUGGAAAAUGAGUCUGAGUUGUUGCUAGUUCACAAAUAUAAAGAUUAUCCUGAUGGUAAUUAUAAUCAUUAUGAUGAUGAUGAGCUUCUAAGGUUUGAUGUAUUUAGGCUUGACCAGAGAGAGAAAAAGUGGCUGAAGUUGGAAAAUUUAGGGGAUAUGGUUUUGUUUUUGGGACAAGGCUAUUCGUUUGCUAUAUCGGCGUCGGAUUUGGGUUUUGAAAAUGGGAAUUCUGUGAUUUAUUGUAACCAUAUUUGUAGCGAAAUGAGGGUUUUUCCCUUGGACCAACAACGGACUUUUCCUUUGUCUGAUUAUCCAGAUUAUGUCAAGUUGUUCUGGCCACCUCCGGAGUGGAUUGCCAGUAGGUGCUUGUAACAAAGUAUUGAAGAACUCUAAUCCAUCUUUAGUUUGUUUUGGUCUCUGAUGAGAAGCUUUAAUCAUGUUUAAUGAAGUUAAACGAAUUAUGCAUUAAAGUUACUAUCCAUUUAGAAACAAUGAUUGUAAGUUUGAGAAGUUUAUUUCUUUACCUCCGUCCCAAUGAAUGACAUUAUUUUAUCAUCUAAUUUUGUGGGUUUAAACUAGAGUUGGACCUUGUGGUA